AUGGGCUGGAGUGCUUUCAUUGGCGCCCUGCUGGUGGCUCUCGCACCGGCACUGUACAUAUACUUGGUUCCGCUGCUCACGCCGCGCCUGCCGACCCUGGAGGAUAAAAGAAUAUGUCUCCUAAUUGCGCACCCGGAUGAUGAGGCCAUGUUCUUUGCACCAACCGUCCUGGCCCUUACCAAGCCUGAGACCGGCAACCACGUCAAGAUCUUGUGUUUGAGCUCAGGUGACGCCGAUGGUCUGGGCGAGACUCGUAAGAAAGAAUUGGUCAAGAGUGGUAUGAAGCUCGGCCUGCAGCAGGAGCAAGACGUCUUCGUCAUUGAAAGCCCCGACUUCCAAGACUCCAUGACCAACGUCUGGGACAAGACCAAGAUCGCCUCCCUCCUCGGCCGCGCCUUCGCCCCGCAGCUUGCGCGGCAGCGCGCUGCCGGCGAGGAACCCGACGCCAACAUUGACGUCCUCAUCACCUUCGACUCGCUCGGUGUCUCCUCCCACCCGAACCACAUCUCGCUGUAUCAUGGCGCCCGCGCCUUCAUCGCCGCCCUCUCCGCCGACCCGCGCUGGCCCUCCCCUGUCGACCUGUACACCCUGACCUCGGUCUCCGUUGCCCGCAAGUACAGCAACUUCCUCGACGCGAUACCCACGCUGUUCUCCUGGGUCACCACGGCCGGCAGCAACCCCCCAAAACCGCCCAAAAAGCCGAAGAAAGAUCAUGGCGAUGACGACGAUGAUAGCGAGGACGGGGACGAGGACGACAACGACAACUACCACCCGACCGCCCUCGUGUUCCUCAGCGAGCUGGGCUCUCACGGCGGCUGGGCGACGGCGUGGAGCGCCAUGACGACGGCGCACAAGAGCCAGAUGGUCUGGUUCCGGUACGGCUGGAUCGCGUUGAGCAGAUACAUGGUGCUCAACGACCUGCGGCUGGAAAAGGUCGAGGCCGAUGACGGGAACGCAAAGGCCUGA